AUGGCGCAGACGGCGUAUGGAGCGCAGGCACAGCGAUUGCUAAACGCAGCGUCGACUUCCGAGCAGAUAGAGAUCGCGACGAACGUGCGAGAUGGUAUUGAAGUCGUGCACACGAGCGAAUACGUGCACUUUCUCAAGAGCUAUUUCCCGAUUUUCAAAGAGAUCCUAACGAAGAAGACGGAACCGACGCUGGUAGAUGACGAAGAGAAUGCACUGCGUCAUGUCAUUUACGAGAUUUUGAAUAGAUUGCCGUUUAACGAGGUCCUACGGCCGUAUGAGCAGGAACUGUUGAAUUUGGCUUUGGACCCGUUGGCGUCGGAGAACGAGAAGAACGCGCUGCUAUGUUUGCGAAUCAUCUUUGACUUGCACCGAAACUUUAGACCUUCAAUGGAUGAGCGUCGCUCGCCGUUUUUAGCGUUCGUUUCCGACGUAUACACCUCGGCAGAGGAGUGCGUUGAGAACAUUCUGGGCGGGACGGUGAAGCAGCGCGGGCGGAAAGAGAAGCCGUCGAAUCCAUGUGAGAUACCGGCGUUGGAGUCGUUUAAAGUGAUGACAGAGUGUCCACUCAUCGUCAUGUUGCUUUAUCAGCUCUACAAUCGCAAUAUACAGACUGAAGUAUCGGCGAUGAUACCGCUCAUGGUGAAGUUUACAAGCUUGGAAGGCCACGAUUCUGACUCAAUGUCGCCGACGAUGCGAACGAUAUUUUGCGACCUGAAAGCGGCUCAAGUGAAAACGAUCAGCUUCAUCGCGUAUCUUCUUCGAGGUAGCGCGUCUCUAGUGGAGCCGUACCAAGAAGCGGUCUCUGACGCCAUAGUCUCGUUGCUGAAGACUUGUCCAGAUGUCGUAGCGACGCGCAAGGAGCUCUUGGUCGCCACGCGCCACGUGCUGAGCGUUCCUGCAUUUUGCAAACGGUUCUUUGCGCAUUUGGAUUUGAUGAUGGAUGAUGAUAUCCUCGUCGGUACGGGGCGAAUGUGCAUUGAAAGUUUGCGACCGCUGGCUUACUCGUUCCUCGCUGAACUAGUGCAUCAUAUGAAGGCGGAGCUUACGCUACCGCAGAUUCGCCGAGCUGUGCACAUCUUUAGUCGGAACAUGCAAGAUACUACUUUGCCAAUGUCGACGCACAUGACAUGCGCGAGGCUGAUGCACCAUCUUGUAGAAUCCAUAUUCCGCAUGCGCAGUGAGAAGACCCAAGCGGAGCAGGCUCGGCAUCUUUUAGUGCACAUCAUGUACGCCACUGUAGCAAAGUUUAGAACGCUGCGUUCGAAUGUCCCCGAGCUCUUAGAGACUGCGAACGAUUUAGAGAAAGCUAUCAAGGCAAAGAAGGAUCCAGAGCUCCCUAGUCACGAGAAGCUCAGAUCGCUUUCAGAUAGCAAAGCCAUCAUCAAAACAUUGACAAUCGGUAUGAAGACACUUCUGUGGAGUAUUACGAACUUUAAUGGUUCUGAACCCACCGACUUGGGACUGGAUAGCAUGGAGCUCAGGCGCUCGGCUGGAUUUAUUCGCAACGGAGUGAAGUGCAUGCAGUUGUUCAAGGGCACGGAGUGCACAGAAAUGUGCACGCACUUUUCCGAAGCUUUGGCGGUAUUAGAACCGCGAAAUUUCGUUGAUAUUAUCUGCUUACACUUUGAUCACUUUUUCACGGGAAUGUUAGAACUGCCAACGAUGGUACAAGUUCCCCAUUUGUUGUUGCAGAACGCGAAAUUGUGCCGGUAUGCCGCCGAUGCGUUUGUGACUUACUUAUUGGAGAAAAAGUUGUCGUGCUUAAGCGAUCAAUCGUCACAAGAAGCGCAGCUAGUGUUAAAGCUUUUCUCAUUGUUACUUCAUGCGGUGAGUAAGCAUAGCAACUGCGAAACUGUACUGAGCUCGCACGUCAUCACGAUGAUGGAAUCAUGCUUGCAGGCGAUACGGGAGCACGAGAAUCCUACGGCGUACAUCAGGUUACUUCGGUAUUUGUUUCGAGCGAUGGCGCAAGCCAAGUUUGACGUUCUUUACCGAGAAGUCGUACCAAUUUUGCCUGCCAGUCUCGACUGCUUGCUCGAGAUGUUGAACGGACCCGAUCCGCACGAGUUACACGACACCGUAGUAGAGUUGUGCCUGAUUCUGCCGGCGCGGCUGUCUUCAAUUCUUCCACAUUUACCGAAGCUCGCGACGCCGCUGUGUAAGGCGCUUCGUGCUCCAGUAAACGAACUGAACUUACUAGGCCUACGCACUUUAGAGUUCUGGGUCGAUUCAUUGAAUCCGGAGUUUCUCGACCCGUGCAUAGCCGAAGUGGAAUCCGAGUUGAUGCUCGCGUUGUGGGCGAUGCUCAAGCCUCAACAGAGCGGGUCGCCGUUCGGCGCCAAGGCGAUGCAACUGAUCGGUAAACUUGGUGGACGCAACCGUGCGUUUCUUAGAAGUCCGUUGGAGUUGGAUGCGAAAAGUAAUCCCGAGCACGGUUUGAGAAUGAUUUUGAUGUUCAAGCCAGAGACUUCGUUUCUGGUCCCCUUGGAUCGUUGCAUCGUGUUGAUGCAGAACAUUCUUUCAACGCCACUGAUCCCGAACGUCAAGGCGUCCGAGGCACUCAUUCGUCACAGACGCCAAGCGUUGACUUUUAUUAGGACGUGCUUGAUUUCCGCGUUGAACUUGAGCGCUGGCCACGCUUUAUCUGGGUCUGUAGAACAAAUAGAAAGUGCCAUCGAAGCUGCAAUUUCCAACGGGUGGGGGAAAAAGUUUGACUCUGCAACCGUCGCAGAGGGCUCGACGCAAUUAGGUAACAAAACAAAGAGUCAGCUUGUGGCAGAGCAGAAUGUUUUCAAACAGUUGGUCAUCACUGUGAUCGCUGCUGAAUGCGACCCAACUUUGAAGGAAACCGAUGAGACGUUCAUGGAUAGCGUUUGCGAGCACAUGGCCAUGUUGUUCGUUAGCAACGCUGUGCGGCCCGAGCAACCUGUGGCCGAUAGAAUGGAUCACGAUUCAAUCGAUCGCCCGCGUUCGAUGAACCUCAAGAUCUUGGAAACGACGCUCUUCUUAGACGCGCUAAUGAAGUCGCUCGAAUCUCCAAAGCAAGUGCACUUAAAUGCAACUUUGAAGACGAUAGGUACUUUUAUCGACGCGGUGCUCAUUUUAACUCGAGACGAAGUUGACGAGAUUCAAGCCGCUGAAGACACGAUGGAGAAAAAGCCGACGCCGAAAAAGUCGAAGAAGAAAACGAUGGACGUGGAUGAGAGUUCCUAUCCUAAAUUAGCAGCCUUUAUUGAGGCGCUGCUGCCUCGAUUGGUCCACUGUUGCUACAAACAGGAAGCGCACUGCAUCAUCGGCGGUGUUGCUGGUUUGGACAGAUUGUGCAAGAGUUUGCCGACGUCUAUCCUCAAGUCUCGUCUCCCCGACAUACUUCCCGCGAUAAUGCGCGCGAUUCAGCUACUUCCAGUGUACGCGAUGACGCAGAAAAAGGAAGCUGAAGAAGUGUUUUUGCGAAUCAUUGAGAGAAGCAUUCCGAGCGGAAGCGAGCCGCCGACGGUGAUUGAAGGCGAUAGCGGCGAUGGCGUUGCAGCUAGUGUGUCAAUUCUCCUUGAAGAACUGCGUAGCGUAGCGAGCACGUGUGCAUGUCGUACUGCGGUCGAGAAAGCGCUUUUGGGGAUCGCUGAGCGAACCUCGACUACCAUGGAAAGCAUUUUGUCGCAAUCCAAGUCACAUUUGACCGUGUUGCUUGAAAAGCCGUUGCAGACUCGACACGUGUUGGCCCAGAUUCAACUGGUGAAGUUUGUCGACUUUUGCUUGAUUCGUUCGCCAUCGCUGAUCCCAUUGAAGGAUAUGUCGGUACAAACUAGCCCGGGCGCGUUCUUUAACGCUGUGCUCCUUGUCGCUGAGAGUGAUGACAAUACAGUUUUGAACGUCGAGACGCAAGAGAACGAGUCGCUGUCCACUCUUCGGCAGUCGUGCGUGAAAGUCUUGAGUACCGCCCUGAGCACACCUGAAUUUUCAAAAUCAGAUAGCUCGGCCGACAUUGUUGCUGUGCGCGAGCGGAUUUCGACGGUGCUCUUCACGAGCUUGACGUCUCGUAAUGGAGACAUCGUGGCUAUCGCAAAGCGUGGUUUGGUUGAAGUCAAGCCUCACAUGAACAAGAACACGCUCAAGCAAUCCGUGAGCCCGAUUUUGAUGAACUUGCAACAUCUCUCAAAGCUGACAAUUCCGCUGUUAGAAGCAUUGGAGUACUUACUCGAACUUUUAGCUGAGUGGUUCAGCCCGACACUGGGUGAGAAGUUGCUGGAGCACAUCAAGUAUUGGCUGGAGCUCGACGCAAGCGCGCCGAGUGUACCAGGACAGAUUCGAAAGUCUCCGAAAGAUGCGAAGUUGAUCGCGUCGAUCGUCAACUUGUUUCACUUACUUCCGAAGCUUCGCGACGGUAAAAGUGAUGCAAAAGCGAACGAGCCGAAGCUUACGCCGUUUGAUUUCAUCAAGCCUUUGGUGCGCGACGUGAUGGCGAUUGAGGCGACGAUGCCCCCUGAAAGUGUGUACAGCGAGGCCAACUCCCUUUACACCGUGCCGCUUACGAAAUUUCUGUGCAAGUAUCCGAAAGAAUCGAUCGCGUACUUCUUGGCGCGUCUGGACCAGCCGGAACACUUCUCCCUCUUCGUAAAGAUUCUCAAGUUAUCUGAAGGCGCCGAACUUCUGAACGCGCUCACCGCGACUUCUUCCAAGCUGUUGCGUGUGAUCUUUGGUGCCAAUGGCGAACUAGAUGAACACGACAAGAUCGCGAUGAAAGACUUGCAGAAGAACAAAGACCCACAGCUUGCCUACUACAAUGGCUUGAAGCUCUUAUCUACGAUUGUUAAAAUCAUGCCAAAGUGGCUCUCCGAGGAGAGCGCCAUAUUGACGCAACUAGACGAAUGUUGGGACAGCGAAGAACGGGCCGAUCGUUUGCUCAACGGAUAUACAAACUCGCUUCCGGCAAUGAUGGAAAGCAAAUAUCUCGUGAAGUGCUUCCUUUCUGUCGUCAAAGGCGAUCGUUCUCAGGUUCAAAUACUGUUUAAGAUCAUGCCAGUGCUCUGCAAAUGUAGCGUGGUGGAUUACACCUUCGUCCGAGAAUUCAUAAAGUCUGAAGUCGUCGACGUGUACACACCGGCAGAGCGCAACGCAGUCUUGACACAAUUUUUAACCGAGUUUCGCGAGCAAGCCGAAGCCGGCGGCGAAGCCGAUCCGGAUGUUCUCGUCACCGCGCUCAAGGUUUUGAUAAAUCCAAUGCUUGAGAAAGUUCUCGUCGGCUGUGCCGACGAAGACGGAGAGGCGUCAAGUGAGGCUCUUGAAGUCGUCACUGACGAAUUCGUGAACGAACUGGUCGAUGAUGUGCUCGAACCCUCCGAUGGUGACAACACCACGUUGUACAACGAGUCCCUUCUUAUUCAGUUGCUACAACUAAGCACGUUGCUUAUUCGUCACGUUCCCAAAACUUUGGUUAAUCAUCGUAAGGAACUCAUCAAGUUCGGAUGGAAUCACUUGAAGCGUGAAGAUUCUUCGAGCAAGCAAUGGGCCUUCGUCAACAUCAGUUACUUUUUACAGGCGUAUCAAGCGCCAGAAAAGAUCAUAUUGCAAGUCUUCGUUGCGUUACUUCGGGCAUAUCAACCAGAGCAAAAAUCAUUAGUUACCGAGGCGCUUGACGCUCUCACUCCAGCGUUGCCUUUGCGUCUUCAACCAGGUGAGCACAAGCACCCGAUUUGGAUUCGAUACACCAAGAAGAGCUUAAUCGAAGACGGUCAUUCGCUUCCGCAGCUCGUUCACAUUUGGAACUUGAUUGUGCGGCAUUCCAAGUUGUUUUACUCAUCACGAGCGCAGUUUGUUGGGCAGAUGGUAAACUUGCUUUCGCGUUUGGGCUUGCCCACGAGCUCUUCGCAUUCUAACCGAGUGCUUUCGGUCGAUUUGGUCGAACUCAUCAUUAGCUGGGAGAAUGAUAGAAUCACUGGAGUAGGAUCGAACGAAGCUGAGCCGUCGACGACUGGAAAGCGCAAGGCGGCGGAGAGUCCAGAAAGAGACGAGGAAGUCACGACGCCGACUCGUCGCGGAAAGAAGGGUACCAAAAAGUCGAAGAAGGAAGAAGCCGAAAGCAAAUCACCGGGACAAGAGGAAGCUACCGAAGAAAUGGUUAGUGACUUACCGGAUACAGAAAAGCUCAAAUCGAUGCCCAAAUCGGCCGACGAUCAAGAUGAAGAAAAGGAGUUUGAAACGUCGCCGGCGAUGGCUGAAAUCAUCGUCAACUUCCUCGUUCGAAUGACUUUCAUCACUGGAGAAGGUAAGGACCAAGACGCACAAGUUCUCAAUGUGCGAACUUUAGAUCUCCUCUCAAAGGCGUUGGCGAUGUGGCCGUCUGUGCGCAUCAAGUUCACUUUCAUCGACAAGCUCUUGACAUUGGCAAAUCAAGCCCAACGCGAUCCCACGUCUACCCUCAUCAUGGGUCUUUCCGUUCUCAAGUGCGCAUUGAAGACGCCCGAUUACGAGUUCGUCACAGAAAGCAUUCAACAAACUCUUCGCCUCAUCGAACCUUCCUACUCGUCUGCGAGCCGUGAAGCGCAUGGGCUUUUGGGUGAAGUCAUCGGUGAGAUACUCAAGUGUAACGGCGAUUCGAACGGCAAGCACGACGCUGAUAUCGAAGAAUUGAGGCAGCAUAUCGGGGUGUUUUACGUAAAAUGCACGGAAGAUGCCAUCAUUUCAAAGAGUUCGCCGAAUAACGACCAAGCAAACACGUCAUUGGCUGGCAUUCUCACGGUGGUUGAAUCCGAAGCCGUCUUUGCCGCUUCUAAGAUUGACACGUAUCUGCCAAACUUGAUGAAGGUGCUCGCGCGCAUGACGCACGAGUUGAAUACUGCGUCCGCCGCGGGUGAGCUUCAGGCUGCGCAUCCGAAGCGUGGUCAAGCGCCCCCUGAAGUGCUCGAACCAGAGUACGGUAGCGUUGCCUACUGCAUGGCUAAGUGCAUCAAGAUCUUAUCUCAGCGAGUCAUUGCGGCUGGCUCAGAUCAGAAGCAGAUUUUCUUGCGUUUACUGCUACAACUCAUUAAUGACAAGUCAACGCACGGUAACGUUCUCAUGGCUAUUCUCGACGCUAUGGUUACUUGGACGGACGACUUAGCCUUGGGCGAAGGCGGCGCUCCCGAAGACAACGAUACACGUGUCGGUAGCUUGAACGCAAAGGAAACCGUCUUGUUCUUGUCCAAGCUUGCACAGUUGACGCGCAUGGGCCUCGCCAUCACGCAAACGCAAGCAUGGGAAGAAAAGCUUUUGGGGGCGAUUUACAAACUCUGUGCACCCGAGGGCAAACACGACCCAGCCGUGCGCACUGAAGUGUUCCUCAAAGUCGAACGUACUCACCUGCUUGGUCUCCGCACUCGAAGGCCGGAGCUCCGUAAGAAGUUCUUUGCACUUUAUCACGACGCCAUCGGCAAGUCGCUCUUUCAGCGCUUGCAGUAUAUCUUGACCAUUCAAGAUUGGGAUGCUAUGGCGGACACUUUCUGGUUGAUGCAAGGCCUGGAUUUGAUUCUCAGCACGCUCGCCGAGGAUGAAAGAAUCAUGCUUGCUCCGAACAGUGCGUUGAUCACCCCGCUUCUGCCGAUUGAUUCAGAGACAAAGAAACCUCUACCCGUUCCGGCUAAAUCAAAAAACGCGAAGGCAAAUCCCGCCGAACUCGACGAUUUGAUCAAGCGCCACGCGAAGUUCCUCCACGAAAAGGCGCAGAUUCGCGUAAAUGACUUAAUGUCGCCGCUUCGACAAGUGGCGACGAGGAACGCACACAUUGCGUAUUAUCUCUGGGUCUUGAUCUUCCCCAUCGUUUGGGCGACAUUGCAACGCGAAGAGCAGUUGCAACUUGCCAAACCGAUGAUUGGUUUGCUCAGUAAAGAAUCGCACCUUCGUCAGGCCGCAGUGCGUCCAAACGUCAUUCAAGCUCUACUGGAAGGAAUAUCUCUUUCUCAGCCGCAGCUGAAGAUUCCAAGCGAGUUGAGCAAGUUCCUUGGUAAGACGUUCAACGCAUGGCACACCGCCAUCGCUUUGCUCGAGAAUCACGUCGUGCGCUAUCCGCAAGAGGCUAGAUGCUUCGACGCUCUCAGCGAGCUUUACCGAUUGUUGAACGAGCAAGACGUUUUGGUUGGCUUAUGGAUGCAGCGUUGCCAGUCCGAUGUCACACGAGCAGGUCUCUCUCUCGUGCAGCACGGACACUGGCAAGAUGCGCAAGAUGUCUUCUUCAAAGGUAUCCAGCUCGCCACCGCUGGGCAGGCUCCGGGAGUGUCGAAGACGGAGAUGUGUCUGUGGGAAACGCAAUGGCUGAAUUCAGCGAAACAACUGAAUCAAUGGGACUUGAUUUCUGACUUCAGUCGAACUGUUGAGCACAGCGAGUUGAUGGUGCAGAGCAUGUGGCGACUUUCAGAUUGGGCGGGUGUGAAAGAUCUGAUGCCGAGCGGCACGCUGAAUGAAAUCGAGGAAACCCCCGAAAUCACCACAGUUCGCGCGUUCGCCUCACUUGUCAGUGGACGCGUACGCGAAGCUGAACAGCACUGGGCGAACGCCGUUAAGUCAUCGCUUGAUCGAUGGUGGCGUCUUCCAGAGACCGGUUCAACGUGCCACAUUCCGUCGCUUCACAUGUUCAACGCCAUCGCGGAAGUACAAGAAUCUACGCGCAUCUUGCUCGAACUUUCCAAUACCCAACGCCGAGGCGUGCAAGGGAUCACGAACAAUCGCACGUUGGUUCAGGACAUCAUGGAAACUUGGCGUCUGCGCACACCCAACGAAUGGGAUCCGGUGCCGUGGUGGAGCGAGAUCCUCAUGUGGCGCGGAAACAUGCACAACAUCAUGACGCACGCAGCAAAGCAAAUCGGCGAGCAAAAUCCCGCGAUGUUGCAAGUAACGCAACAGCUCGAUCAGCUCGGUCAACGUGAGCGCGCGUGGAGUUUGAAUAAGUUUGCACGAGCGGCGCGUAAACAGCGCUUGCCUGAGGUUGCGCUGAACAUCUUGUCGCGUCAUCAAGGUCAAGUUGAAGUUUCAGAGGCUUUCUCAAAGCUUCGAGAACAAUGCGAAGCGUACCUCGCGUUUGAGAAUGAAGCCAUCACUGGAAUCAAUCUCCUUGAAUCUGCGAGUCUGGAGUUCUUCUCACCACCGCAAAAGGCUGAGUUAUUCCGCCUGAGAGCAAAGUUCCAAGAGCAGCUUGAAGAUUACGACGCUGCGCACGCGUCGUAUUCGACUUCUGUGUCGUUGUGCAAGCAACGCGCCGAGUCGUGGCUGUCGUGGGGCAAGUUUUGUCGAAUGCGCGGUGAUGACGGCUCUAUUUCAAACAUUGCGCAACAAACAGCGACCUGCUACUUGCAAGCCGUCAAGCACAACGUUCACGAGAAUCGACACCAGUUGAUUCAUGUGAUUCAAAUGCUCGCGUUUGACGUAAAUCCCGAGCCUAUCAGCCUCGCCAUCGUGCGUCAUCUCGACGCUUUGCCCACUUGGGUUUGGAUUCCUUGGAUUCCACAGCUACUUCUGUCUCUCGCACAUCAGGAACAAGCGUAUGCUUUGGCAAUUCUCAAAGACGUCGCCGCCGCGCACCCGCAAGCGGUUUACUACCAAUUGCGCACGUGCUUACUCGAGCGAAGAGACUCGGCGGCGCGAGCGACUCAAACUGCGCGCACAAUUGCCGAGAAGAGUGGCGCUACUCAGAAGUCAUCCAGCGCCCCAGGCACACCUUUACCACCCGAUGUUGCCGCGGCUGCAUCGCGCGCGAAGGAUGCCAACUGGGCUUUCGAAGCGGCGAAAGAAAUCAUGGAACACAUUCGAACCAGACACGGCAACUUGGUCGGCGAGCUCGAAGUCUUACUUAGCGAACUCGGUACGAAAUUUGCGUGUACGCCUGAAGAACGGUUAUUAGUUGUCGUCUACACGUUGUUGCACCGAUGCUACAAGUAUCCAGCGGCGACGACCGGCGAAGUUCCGGAGAGCUUCAAGAAGGAACUCAUAGGCGUGUGUAAGGCCUGCUUCAGCGCGGAUACUUCGGCGAAGCACGCAGAUUUCGUCGAAGAAUACAAAGCGAGUUACGAACGCGAAUUGAAUCCGGAGGAAAGUACAUUUCCGACGACGGUUGCGGAACUCAUGGUGAAGCUUAAGGCUUGGAAACAACGCUUACUGAACGAUGUUGAGGAUCGAUUGCCGGCGACGUUGCGUCUCGAGGCUGAAUCCGACCAGCUCAGAAAUGUCACGUUUCACGAGAUUGAAAUUCCUGGGCAGUAUUCGGGCGACUUGACGUUUGGCGUCACCGAUCGCUUUGUCAAGCUCGAGCGUAUCGGUGCCGAUGUGCACGUCGUGCGACGGAACGGAAACUGCUUACGACGCUUAGAGUUCCUUGGCACGGAUGGUUCGUCCAAGCAAUUCUUGGUCCAGACGUCGCUAACACCGGCGGCGCGCGGUGAGGAGCGCAUGGUGCAACUUUUGUCCACAUUGAAUGGAGUUUUGGCCAAGCACACAGAGACGAGACGUCGAAACAUGUGCUAUUACACCCCAGCCAUCGUUCCAGUAUGGCCACAAGUGCGCUUGCUCGAAGACGACGAUGCAAACGGCACGUAUGCCGAGGUGUACGACGCCAACUGCGCGCGUUACGGCCGCGAAGCAGACUUACCGAUUACGCUCUUCAAGGCCGCGCUCGACCCUGCGAUUCUGGGAGAAGUUACGGGCACCGAAGAGGUACUGGAGCUUCGCCUGAAAGCCCUGAUGGAGAUUACGCAAAAGCACGUGACAGAAAAUAUCUUCUCGCAGUACAUGUACAAGACACUUCCGAGCAGCUCGCACUUGUGGACGUUUAAGCGUCAACUUUCGCAGCAGCUCGCAAUGUCAAGCUUCUUGUCCGCGCUCCUACGCAUUGGCGGCCGAACACCGAACAAGAUCAUGUUCGCCAAGAAUACUGGCAAGAUAUUCAUGCUUGACUUCCACCCGGCGUUUGAUCAAAAAGGUAUUGUCGAGUACAUCGAACCCGUGCCGUUCCGCCUAACGCGAAACUUGCACACGUUCUUCACACCGUUUGGCGUCAAGGGUGACUUUGUCGCCUCCAUGGCGUCCGCCGCGCAAGCGUGCACAGCGCCCGAAGCUGACUUAGAGGCCCAUCUUGAAUUAUUCUUUCGCGAUCAACUCAUGGUUUGGCCGUGGCGUCGCAUGGGCGGCGACACCCCUCCCGUGAGCCCGUCGCCGUCGGAGAUUAAAAACAUGGCGCGCGCCAAUGUACAGGAGGUGCUUCGGAGGUUACCGAUCAUCGCCCCGACCCCGGUACUCCCCGACACGUCGGACACGGUACCGAGCGUUCAAAAGGCUGUCUUACACCUGGUCGAUGCCGCUCUUAACAUUCGCAACGUCAGUCGUUCCGCAGCGAUUUGGGCGCCUUGGUAUUAA